AUUGCCACGGCAACCUUUUUCCCGUUUUUUCAAUUCUUAUUUGACUGGAAGGGUGUCAUUAUGAACUGUCAAGAAAGCAACUAGAAUCUGUACAGCAAUUUGCUAUUAGGAAUUUAUCAUAAUCGCAAAUAGAUACGUGCAAAACCUCAAGAUUUGUACACUAAAGCAAUAAUCGCCGUUAGUAGCAAACUUAUACACCCCCAUAAAUCGCCACCGACUAGACAAGCCAUAGCUGUAAAAUGCCACGCGGAAAGUACGUGAAUCACAAAGGUAGAAGCCGUCACUUCACAUCACCUGAAGAAUUGGCCAAUGCCCGUGAUGAGUCUAGCGAGGAGGAGACCGAAUCAGAGGAGGAGAGUGAUAAUGCUGCAGCAGGCACUAGUAAAGCUGCACGUCCUAAACCAAAACCACGCGCCAAGAAGGCAAGUGGUGGUGGUGGUGACAGCAGUAGUGAAGAGGAUUCUGAUGAGGAAUCAUCCGAAGAGGAUGAUCGUGACGCACGCAAAGGUGUCGCUUCACUCAUUGAAAUCGAGAAUCCAAAUCGCGCAACAAAGAAAGCAGUACAAAAACUGACCAAUUUGAAAUUGGAAGAAUCGGCGCCAACUAAGCCUGAGCUAACACGACGUGAACGUGAACAAAUUGAAAAGCAAAAGGCGCGUGCGCGUUAUGAAAAAUUACAUGCUGCCGGCAAAACGACAGAAGCCAAAGCGGAUUUGGCACGUUUGGCGCUUGUGCGUCAGCAGCGCGCUGAAGCAGCAGCUAAACGGGAAGCUGAAAAGAAAGCAUUGGAUGAUAAGAAGUCGCCAGGUAGCAAGGCUUAGAAGCACUUUCGGUCACUGCCUGGUCAACUAACUUGGAAUGCGGCAAUUCAUUACUGGUUUUAAAUUUUUUUUUUACAAAUUAUUAUUAUUUUUUUAUUCAAUUCGAAUGUAGUUGCUGCUCAUUUAUGUUACGAGCAGAAUACUUUUUAUAUUGCCGGCAACACUCAACCCAUCCACUAAUUAAUAUAUAUUUACAAACUUAUUACAUUUUACUAAUGCAACAAAAUUUAAUGAAGUUAAAUAGCAAAGGAUUAUCAAUUGCAAAAUGCGGCGUUGAAAAAUAGUCUAUAUGAAAUAUGUAACGGUGGAAACUGAAGAAGCCCCGCCACGACGUGGUGUAACGCGUUACAACUGCUUCUUAGAUUGUAUGCAUAUUGAAAUGACCAAUACUAAUGAAUGAAUAAAGCUAUAAAAAUGCUGUUUUGUAAA